AUGAUGGUAGCUAUAGACGUCGACCCAAACAGUAAUACCUUCUGUCAGGUACUCUCCAAAAUUGUAUUUCCCCACCUCGGCGAUGAAGUUCAUCAUUCUGGAUGGAACGCUUGCUCAUCUUGUCACGAUAAUCCAUCAGCCAAAAGAAGUCACUUGGUGCUUCCGUGCCUUAAUUCGGAUCGCAUUUAUAUAGUGAACGUCACUGACCCGAACAACAUUCGCUUAGAAGUGGUAAGUCUGAAGUCAGUCAUUUAA